AGAAAGAAAGAGAGAGAAAGAAAGAAAGAAAGAAAGAAAGAAAGAAAGAAAGAAAGAAAGAAAGAAAGAAAGAAAGAGAAAGAAAGAAAAGAAAGUAAGUCUUGGCAGCGGAAAAAGGGGCCAGCUGGUCGAGCUGGGAGGGGGGAGUUAGGAAACAGAGCCUGGGAAGAAUUUUCGCUACCCAGCACCCACCGGACCAGGCUGUAGAGCCUCCCAUUCCUUCCCUUCCCUCUGCUCCUGAAUUCUGCAAUAAUUCCCAGGAGAGAACAGCAGAGCCAACAAGAGGGAAAUUAAGAAACUUCGCACGAGUUUAAUCCAUUUUAUCCAUCGGUAGUGACAUCAUUGAAUAGCCACACUAAAUCAUUCUAAUAAGUUAACCUGAAAAUGAGUAAUGAAAAUGAGUAAGGGGACUUUCAGAACUGACCCCGUACUUUGGGUACCUUCCUCCCAUCUCUCUCAGACUUCCCCUUCCUCAGUCAUCUGUGGGAAAGGAAAGGAAAGGAAAGGAAAGGAAAGGAAAGGAAAGGAAAAUUUGGAGCUUUUUAUUCAGAUUGCAUACACAACAGGAUAAAUUCUGAUCAUCACAGCUAAUUGGGGAACACAAGAUUACAGCAGCUAUAAGGACUUAUUUUUUUUUCCUAGACAGAUUUUAUAAAUAAUACGAUUAUUAUUAGGAAUAAUAAAAAUAUAGCACUCCUGUUCCAUAAUAGACCAGACAACUAGAGUAGAAAACUCAUAGCUUUUGCCAAUCCCUUUUAGUCUUAUUCACAUACCCGCAGACACACUGCUUCUGAACCAGGAGAUGCAUUUGAUCAUGGCGAAAAGCCACCUCUGCAAUGACGUUCUGAUCUUUUUCUUAAAAAAACGUCCAGCGAGGCAAUCCACAACUUUUAACAGCCCUGCAUACAUUGAUGGCGGUGCCAGCUAUCCUAACCGUCCUUGUGAUGACGACCAUUGGGUGCCAUUGUUCUCUCGAGUGCCAUUGCUUUAAAACGACGGGGAAGAAGAGCCCUGUCACAGGUGACCAGAAGCGGAUGGCCGCCGUCCUCCUUCCUUUGGGAAGCUUCCUUUCCUCUUCCCGGAAUAAGACUUAACGAGGCUCUGGCGGUUCAGGGGCCCGGGUUGCCCAUCCUUCGCCCGCCUCCGCAGCCGUCCCAUCACCCUCCAAGGCAGCUCCCGCUUACCCAGCCGGGGAGGGGGGGGAGGGCGCUGGCGGCGCCCCACCCGGCCCUUUUCUUCCGAGGGUCCCUCCGAGUCUUCUCGGAAAAGCCAAGCCAGGCGACUCCGAGCAAAUGCCCGAGGGCCGAGCGGGACAUCCCCGCACUCGGGCCCCGGGGGCGGGCAGGGCGGUGAAACGGCGCGGCCGGGCCAGGUGGAGUCAGCGGGACUUCUUGGUUUCGGCCGGCUCUGCCCGAUCCCCGCGAACCCUGCCCGGGCGGCGGUCUUGGUGGUGCCAGGCUCCCCGCGCCCGGGCACGAGGCUCCGGGGCCCCCUCGGUCUCCAGGGGUCACCUCUGACCCGAAGCCUCGGCGGUCCGGCUGGCCCGGCUUUUCCCCGCGGCCGGUUCACACCUUCGGGCAGGUUUCCUCGGAGGGCCGCUCCCGCUCCCCGCCUUCCAAUGGGGGCCCGGCCCAGCCCGGCCCCUCCUCGCCGUGACGCGCCCCGCUCGGCCGAAGAGGCGGCUCCGAGUCCAGAGCGGGCUGCUGGUCCUCGCCGAGGCGGGGACUGGCAGAGGCGGCGCCGCGUUCGCAUGGACGCCACUUCGCCUGGCUUCGCUCCCGGGCGCGGCCCUUCUGCCCCAGCCGGGCUGGCCGUCUCCCUCUCUCCCGCCUCCCUGCCCAGGAUGCUCCCCAGCCCCGCCACCUCCACCCCCUUCUCCGUCAAGGACAUCCUGAAACUGGAGCAGCAGCAGCAGCAGCAGCAACGCCUCGGGGCCCCCCUGGAAGCGCCUUUCGCCCCCGCCGCCGCCGCCGCCGCCGUUGCCUCCUGCCUGCUGAGCUGCCGCUUCUCCGACCGAGAGGAGGACGACGAGAGCGAGGAGCAGCGGCUCUUCUUGUCCCCCAUGGCCUCGACCAAGAGCCGAGCGGACGGGGGCUUCUCCCCCGGCGGCUACGUGCAGGCGGUGCUGCGGGGCACCUGCGAGCCCAAAGGCCCGGCAGAGGAGGCAGAGCCGGCGCAGGACUCGGGAACCGGCCAGGAGCCCGCGGAGGCGGCGUCGGAGCGUCCCAAGGCGCGCAGCCGGAGGAAGCCGCGGGUGCUCUUCUCGCAGGCGCAGGUCUUCGAGCUGGAGAGGCGCUUCCAGCAGCAGCGCUACCUUUCUGCCCCCGAGCGGGAGCUCUUGGCCAGCAACCUCAAGCUCACCUCCACUCAGGUCAAGAUCUGGUUCCAGAACCGGCGCUACAAGUGCAAGCGGCAGCGGCAGGACAAGGCCCUGGAACUCGGCGGCCCGGCGGCGGGGGCGGCCCCGCAGCCUCCCGCGGGCCCGCCGCCGCCCCCGCCGCCACGCAGAGUGGCCGUGCCGGUGCUGGUGAGGGACGGCAAGCCCUGCCUGGGCGGCUCGCAGGCCUACAGCGCGCCUUACAACGCUCCCGCUGCCUCCUACACGUACAACGGCUUCCCUAAUUACGCCUACGGCGCUUCCCCCGGCGCAGCCUACGGCGCCGGCUACAGCUGCAGCUACCCCGCGGGGAACGGCGUGGCCCCCUCGGUGCAGCCGUCGCCGGGGCCCUACGUGAACAUGGGCGGCUUCCCCGGCGGAGCGCAGCCCCUGCACCAGGGGGCCGCCGGCUCUUCCUGCACUCAGGGCAUCCGGGCCUGGUAGGCGGCGCCGCUCCUGGAAUAGCGCGGGGCCAGAGGGCCGCUGAUCCUCCGCAGCCGCUCGGCGGCCGGGCCGGGAUCCUUUCUGGGGAGAAAGGGAGCGACGCCCGGAGAAGCGGCCUCGGGCGAAGAGGGGAAGGGACCUUUGUCUGUGGCUGGUCUCCAGCGCUUCGGCCGCUCUCGGAGCUCACCUGGAUCGGCGCGAUCGACAAGAACAGACCCUCAGUGUUUCUCAACCUUGACCAUUUUAAGGCACGUGGACUUCAACUCCCAGAAUUCCACA